CAGCCGUUCUCCGUUCCCAUUGUCCCUGUACGCGGCACAGAAAAGAAGGAAGGAAAGGAAAAAAUGUGCGGGGAGAGUUUGGGGAGAGUUCCUCCGCAUCCUCUCUUUCGAUUGGUUCUCCCGGGGGCGCGCGCUCGCGCCAGCCACGGAGCCUUGCGAACGCGCAAACUCCCGGUUGCCCUCUCUUCGCGAACCUCCUCUCCCACGCGAGGGCUCCCCUUUCUUCCCCUUCGCUUGGCGUCGGCGGCGGCCCGGGUUUGAAAUCGGGACCAAAACUCCUCCGACAGUUUCCCAGACAGGACGCGUCUCUUCCUCCCGUUUUUAUCCGCUCUUCUCGGACCUUCGCGCGCUUCGCCCGUUAUGACCUGCUGACAGCGACUCCGGGAGAGGAGGAGCGUGAGUGAAAGACGGGACCGUAGUGGUGGCAUUCGUGCAGUGCAGUGUCGGCCUGCGGUCGGAGCCGAUCGGCUACGGAGGACCAUGGCCUACGACAUGGACACCAGUUCCUCCUCGGAGCUGUCGACCGACGAGUGGCCGCCGAGAAACAUUACCGGAGCUGUUGGCGGCGACAACAGCUCACCGCUGUACCUCUCGGAAGGCGAGGAAGAGGAGCCGCUAACCACAGUGGUCGCCAUGACCGUCGUGUACGCGGUCAUCCUCGUCACCGGCGUCACGGGCAACGUCUGCACGUGCAUCGUGAUCGCGCGAAACCGGUACAUGCACACCGCGACCAACUUCUACCUGUUCAGCCUGUCUGUUUCGGACCUGCUUCUCCUGCUGCUGGGCUUGCCGCAGGAGAUGUACCAACUGUGGCGCAAGUACCCGUACGCCUUCGGCGAGGCCUUCUGCGUGCUCCGAGGCCUGACGUCGGAGAUGUCGACCAACGCUUCGAUACUGACCAUCACGGCGUUCACGGUGGAGCGUUACGUGGCCAUCUGCCAUCCGCUCAGGGCCCACACCAUGUCUCAGCUGCCGCGGGCCAUCCGCUCCAUAGUGGGGAUAUGGAUCGUGGCCGGCGCGUUCGCUGUGCCGCUGGCGCUACAGUUCGGCAUUGUGUAUCAGCGUACUGCGGACGGGUCGGGCUUCUUGCCGGAGACAGCGGCAUGCAUGCUCAAGCGGCCCGUGGAGCACGCGUUCACCGUGUCCACGGUGCUCUUCUUUGUGCUGCCCAUCAGUGUGAUUUCGGUGCUGUACAUCCUGAUCGGGCUCCAGCUUCGCCGCUCGAACGCGGCUACGCGACGCGAUUGCUCUCCGGAUAUGAACGGCAAGAGCCACCAUCCGAGGAGUAAUGCCAUGAUCCCCAUGCGCACGCACAGGCAGUCCGGCGGAGGAUCCAAGCGUGCCGUAGUCAAGAUGCUAGUGGCCGUGGUGGUGUCCUUCUUCAUCUGCUGGACGCCGUUCCACGCGCAGCGACUCAUCGCCACGUACGCUGACCAGACGGCCGCCAUGAUACUCCUGUUCACAGUGCUCACCUAUAUAUCGGGAGUGACCUACUACCUCAGCGCCACGGUCAACCCUAUUCUGUACCAGGGACCCAACAAAAUUGUUAAAUAG